AUGUACAUCACUCUCUACUACCUCGUCACCCGGCUCCCUGACUCCCUUCGCUCGGUCAAGGAGCACUUCCUCUCCCUUUUCCCCACCACGCUCACCGUUGACCUCCUCGAGGAGCGCCUCCUUGCAGCUGAGAAGAGUAUAGUCGUUGUAGGGGCCUCUCGUGGUGACCCUCAUGCCCCUUUCUUUGAGGGGUGCUCCCCCGUUCCCCUCUUGCCUUCUGUUGCCUCUGCUGCUGCUGUCGACCUCGUUGGCACCGAGUCGGUCGGCGCUGCGUCUGCUCCUAGUGGGAGGCGCCACAGCGGCAGGAGCAAGGGGGGCAAGGGUGCCGGAGGAGACGGCGGGGGCGGCGGUGGUGGUGGAGGUGGCGGAGGGGGUGGGGGUGGAGGUGGGGGUGGUGGCGGGGGUGGGGGCUUCGGUGGCGGCAGUGGAGGUGGAGGCAGCGGAGGCAGCGGCAGUUGGGGUGGAGGUGGCGGCAGCGGCGGCGGCGGUGGGGGUGGUGGCGGCGGUGGUGAUGGUAGAGGUGGCGCUGUGCAGCGGGGAGGCUUUGGCGGUGGGCAACGCCAGCAGCAGCAGCGCCCUCGUGAGACCCUGUCGCCCCAGCAGCUUUGUGAGUGGUACGAUGGGCGUGGGAGGUCUGGGGGUGCUGGUCCCUGCGCUUACGUUCUCCGCAUCGGCGACCGCAGUGGGGAGACGUGUGGAGGACCGCACACCACACUGCGCUGCUUUGGCCGCCGGACUGACGCUUGGCGUAUGCAGUUUCCCGACUCCUCUGAGAUCCCUCGCUGGGGUGAUCUGCUUAUGUCGGGAUUUGCUAUCUUUGAUCCUGAUUAUGAUGCUAUCCCUGCUGCUAUGUAUGCUGUAUCCAUUAGUGCUGAGGGUGACUGUUACCUGUGUGUUCCGCUCGACCCGGGCAUUGAGGCUGCUGCUCUAGGUGCUAGUGAGUCUGCUGCUCAAGGUGCUGGUGAAUCUGCUGCCCCAGGUACUGGUGAGUCUGCUCUCUCAGGUACCGAUCGGCCUAUGGCAGUCUCUUUGGCUGACCCCUCUGGGGGUCCGGUCCUUGCACACUCCUCCACGGUCCUGCCGUGUCUGGCGGUCCUGUCUGGCUCUCUGUCUGGCCUCCACCUCCCCUCGUUCUCCACGAACUUGGUGAGUGGAGCUGACCUUCAGGACGCGUGA